AUGGCAACUGCAAAAUCUCAAGGAGUUACGAGCUCAAUUAGUAACUCUAAUACAACCGGAAGAAGUAAAGAUGAUCUCCCUACUCUUAAGAAUAAAGUCGCUGAACUUGAACGUCAAGUUGCUGAUUAUAAAAGUAAAUUGGAUGAAUUACGCCGUGCUAAAGCUACAACUGUUGUUAAAUUAGAAAAGGAAUAUGUCAAUACUAGUAUUCCUGGAAUAAAUCGCCCAGAAAAAACAAAACCAUGUGAAAAAUGUGAUGAACUGGAAAAAAUGUUAGAUACUGAAAGAAAAUCCAGUGCACAAUUAAAACGAUUAGUUGAACAAAAAGAAAACAGCAAACAGCAAACAUCAUCGACCAAUUCUGGUCCAUGUACAAAAUGUUCUGAUUUUAAAAAAUUAUUAGAUUUUGAAAAACAAAGCAAUCAACAAUUAACAGAACAACUGAAGAUGGAAAAACAGCUAACACAAGAAGAAAGAAAUGCUAAAGAGCUACUUGAAAGAACAUUAGAUAUGACACAUUCUAAUUUAAUUGAAGCAAAAAGCGAAUGCGAAGCAUUACGGAUCGAAAAUGAAGAUUAUCAAAAAGCAUUUGAUUCUAUGAAAAAAGAACAUACAGAAAAAAUGGCUGAUUUAUGUAAUCGAGAAGAAGAAGCUAAGAAACAAGUUGCCACUUGGGAACAAAUGUAUCGAGAAUGGAUGGCAACCAUGGAACGACGAGUUAAUAAUUUACAAGUCACGAAUGAGGAACUUCAAACUUGGUUACAUGAUGAUAAUGAAAUCAGUCCCAAUCGUCGGUCAGGUGGCGGUGGUGGUAGUAAUCGUCGAUAA